UUUAAAGCAGCAGCAGGAGGCUGAACCCACUCUGCUCUGAUAAAGACGUUAAAGAAGGAAAUAAGUUCAUUCUGCAGCCGCCGACAUGGACCUCAGAGCUCUGAUGCUGUUUCUGGGUUUCUGCAGCUCAGUGAGUCCUGCUGAGGUCCGGCUGGUCGGAGGUCCGAGUCCCUGUUCUGGCAGACUGGAGCAGCAGCAUCAGUCGGACUGGGAACCAGUGACGGACCAGAACUGGGACUGGAACCUGACAGCAGCAGAUCAGGUCUGCAGGAGGAUCAGCUGUGGUUCUGUGGUUUCACUCAGGAGAACUCUGGACCAGGAACCUCCAACAGACGUGGUCACCAAAUAUGACUCCAGAGCUGAAGUAACUCCAGUACUGCUCCCCGUCAGAGUGGAGAUCACCUGCUCAGACUCUGUGAAGCUGGUGGGCGGGACUCACCUGUGUUCAGGUAGACUGCAGGUGAAGUGGAACCAGGUGUGGUCCUCAGUGUGUUCAGAUGGAUUUGACCUGCAGGAUGCUGAGGUGGUCUGCAGGGAGCUCGGCUGUGGUUCUCCUUCAGGGUUUAAGGGGAAACUCUAUGGAGAAGCUCCAGAGUGGAACACAGAGUUCCUGUGUGGAGGCCAUGAGUCUGGUCUGCUGCACUGUGACCACUCAGAUAGAGACACCUGCUCACCUGGCACCACCAUCACACUCACCUGCUCAGAUCCAGGUAGAGUCCGGUUGGUUGAAGGAUCCGGCCGGUGUGACGGCACUCUGGAGCUGAGAAACUGGGGCGAAUGGAAACCAGUGGACUAUCCGGACUGGGACCUGUGGUCUGCCAGCGGAGUGUGCAGAGAGCUGGACUGUGGAGCUCUAGUUUCAACCAGGAGAAGAGAGACGAGUUCAGUAGACACCUGGAAAUUCGAAUCUGACUGCAACGCCAUGUAUCUGUUUCAAUGUGACACACAACAUGAAACCUCCUCUGGUGUCAUAGAGAUCACCUGUUCAGACUCUGUGAGGCUGGAGAACAGGUUUCACCUGUGUUCAGGUAGACUGCAGGUGAAAUGGAACCAGGUGUGGUCCUCAGUGUGUUCAGAUGGAUUUGACCUGCAGGAUGCUGAGGUGGUCUGCAGGGAGCUCGGCUGUGGCUCUCCUUGGCGGUUUAAGGGGGAACUCUAUGGAGAAGCUCCAGAGUGGAACACAGAGUUCCUGUGUGGAGGCCAUGAGUCUGGUCUGCUGCACUGUGACCACUCAGAUAGAGACACCUGCUCACCUGGCACCACCAUCACACUCACCUGCUCAGACCCUGAUGAUGUUCGGUUGGUGGGAGGAGCUAGCCGUUGUGCUGGUAGACUGGAGAUGAAACAUGAUGGAGUCUGGAGAGCGAUUAAAGUCCAAAACCCUGACUGGAACCUGAAGGUGGCAACUAUGACCUGUAGACGGCUGAACUGUGGUCCUGCAGUCUCAGCAGUAAAUAGACCUAAAUAUCCACAGGAAGACGCCUGGUGGAUUGGUUCCUCCUGCCGUCAUUCUACACUGAAGCAAUGUGUGACAGUGAAUCAUCAACAGAUCUCUGACAGCUUGGACGUCACCUGCUCAGACUCUGUGAGGCUGAUGGGUGGGAGUCACCUGUGUUCAGGUAGACUGCAGGUGAAGUGGAACCAGGUGUGGUCCUCAGUGUGUUCAGAUGGAUUUGACCUGCAGGAUGCUGAGGUGGUCUGCAGGGAGCUCGGCUGUGGUUCUCCUUCAGGGUUUAAGGGGAAACUCUAUGGAGAAGCUCCAGAGUGGAACACAGAGUUCCUGUGUGGAGGCCAUGAGUCUGGUUUGCUGCACUGUGACCACUCAGAUAGAGACACCUGCUCACCUGGCACCACCGUCACACUCACCUGCUCAGGCGCCAUGAGGCUGGUGGGAACCAACAGCACCUGUGCAGGUGAGCUGCAGAUGAAGGUCCAUGCAGAGUGGAGGCCCGUGGUGGACGAGGACUGGUACCAGAACCGGGACCAGAACUGGACAUCAGUAGUAGCAGCAGUAGUGUGUUCUCAGCUCAAAUGUGGUUCUGUCGUGGCUUCAGAUGUAGAGGACUUUGGAUCAAAGAGACCCGUGUGGUGGAUCGAGUCCUCCUGCUUCCAGUCGGCUGCUUCCCUCCAGAACUGUCUGGGUCUGACCGAUGUGUAUCAAACCAUCUACAGCCUGCAGGUGAUCUGCUCAGAUCUGCUGGUUCAACCAAACAUCUCCGUGUCUCCGUCCCAUGAUGAAGUCCAGCAGCAGAAGGUUAAGGUCGUCAUGGGCUCCAACUUCAGCAUCAUCUGCUCCACCAGGCCUCAGUAUCCAGGAGGUUCCUUCCAGCUCGUCUUCACCUCCUCCAGCACAACGUUCAACUACGUCCUUCCAACUGUCACACAUUGGGCCGUUUUCCUGUUUCCUGCUGCAGAAGACCUCCACAGAGGGACGUACACCUGUAUUUACCACCUCAACGUUUUCUCCUAUAACUUCUCCUCCACCAGCCAGUCCAUCUAUCUCAUCCCCUCAGCUCCUCUAAUGGAUUUGAUCAUCAGACUUGUCGUCCACCUGCUGGUGAUGGUUCUUCUCAUCACCGUCACCUGCUUCUACUUUAAAAAGAAAACACUCUCUGUAGAAACCAGAAGCAGAAAUGAAGAAACAAACGUCCUCACUGACCUCCAGUGAUCCACGAUUUACCAAGAAAAAUCCAGAAAGUUAUCUGUCUGGUUUUGUACAUAAAAUAAACUUUCAUCCAGAAGUGAAACAGCAACAACUUCUACAGAAAACAACAUUUCAGCUGAUUUAAAUACAGGAAAAAAUACAGUCAGGUUGUAAAAAUACUGAUUUUUAAUGUGGACGUUAUUUACAAUUUUGGCAGUUUUUUUACUGUAACAUAUAAAUUACUUCUAUUUUUCAGUUAUUUUAAAAGAUAUCUGUAAUUUAGCAAAACGUAGAAAAUCUGUAAAAUAACAGUUAAAAAAAAUUUAUUCUUUCAUUGGUAUUUUUUCUCAAAAAUAAAAUUAGUCUAAUUUUACAGUCAGAUAUGAACAUUAUGUACAGUUUUCAUUCACUUUUAAAAUUGUUUUUGUUUACAAUUAGCAUGUAAAUUAUGAACAUUUUUAAGUGAUUUUAA